AUGGCAAGCAGCAGCCCACAAUCGAGGGCAACAGCGCGCCUUGCGCUUGUGCUCGACAUAGACGGCACGCUCAUCGACUCGACCGACUUCGACACGGUCAUUCACAAGCGGCCAGGCGUCGAUGCCUUUCUCGACGACUGCUUCUCUUCGUUUGCCGCCGUUGCCAUCUGGACGCACGCGGGCAGCGAUUGGGCCCGACACGUGACGCAGCACGUGCUCACAGACGCCGACGGCCGGCCACGACCGUGGGCGUUCGUGUGGUCAGCGAGCAGGGCGAGCGCCAAGCGCAAGCCGAUCGAGCACAUGUUCGACUUGCAUCCGGCGCGCGACUACAUCAAGCCGCUUCUCAAGGUGUGGCGCGGCAAGAAGCGUGCGGCGGCUGGCUUCACGCGCGACCGCACGAUCAUCGUCGAGGACACGCCUUCGAACUGCAAGAGCAACUACGGCAAUGCCGUCUACGUGCCCACCUUUCAGGCGGGCGACUGGUCCGACAACACCCUUCCGCUGCUUUCGCUGCACCUCGACGAGCUCGAUGCGCAUGUGCGUGCACAAGGGAUCAGCGUGCGGUACGUAGAGAAGAGGUGGUGGUCGACUGAGGUGGUUCCUCCGUGCUGUUGCUUCUCGUGCUUGCUGGCUCGCAUGGAUUUGGAUGUUCCAGAUACGGGUGCGUGGACCCCGUGA